AUGAGCGAGAAUAGUAUAGCUAAAGAAAGAAAUGGCAGUCUAUUAGGUGAAGCAUCAAUGUUAUGUUUUUCAACCUCAACUUCAGAUUCGACCAUAUCUAAACAAAAAAAAAGUGAUGGUUUAUCAAGUGCAAAACGAAAAAAACUGAAUGAUUCUGAUGAAAGCGAAUCUAUUUUAUCAGAAAAAUUUAUUGAAUAUGAUUAUUGUGAGGGCAAGAAUAUUUUUUCUACGGAAGUAUCCCUUAAUUCAGCAGCACGAAGUGAAAAUGAUAAUAAUGAUGUAACGAUAAUCCAACAUUUUGUUUUAUCUGAUCUACCUGAUAUUUCCUCUAGUCCAUUAGAGUCCCAUAAUACAGAUGAAUACGUUUUAUUUAAUGACGUAGUUGAUUGUGAAGAGAAUGUAAUCGAUUCCUCUAUUAGGAGCUUAAGAGAAGCAUCAAUCAAUGAAAAGCCGGACAUGACAAUACAUGCAAUGAGACCUGGUGAUAACAGUAAAACUGGAACUUCUAUAUGUGGAAACAAAAAUGUUGAGGAAACUUUUGAAGUUAAUGUUAGCACAAAUUUGAUUGUUCACGACGAAAAAAUGAAAAAUGAUGAACAACAGAAAGUAAAUCCAAGCUCCGAAGUAGCAGAACUGCUAAACGAUGAUGAGGUUGUUGACACAGUUUCUUACAAUACUGAGCUAACAUCUUUAAAAACAGCAACUCGUACACAAUGUUCUAAUAUAUCUACUGAUAACAUAUCAGUAGGUAUAGCAUCUGCAAAAAAGCGUAAUGCUUUGGAAAGAUCAAAAAUAAUACCAGGCGUAAUACCAAAUACAGCCAAAGUUUCAAUUGGAAAUACAACAAUAUCAGUACCUCUCCUUAAGAAUAUGGCUUUAUUAAAUAAUGCGGCGUAUGUAGAUAAAACAAGCAUUUCAAAUGCUACUGCAACACAAAAAUCAAGAAUUUUAAAUCACUCUUCGCAACAAAAAAUUAAUGCUCCUAAAAUAGUAUCAGUAUCGCAAUUGGUAAAUCCGAGUACUAGUUCUAAUAUCAUGCAAGCAACUAUUAUUUCAAAAAAUUUGAAAAUUGAUAAGAAAGCUCAAUCAAUUGGGUUCCCAAAUUUACCCCAAUUAACAGUAUUGCAAGAUGUAUCUCUACCUAAACAAAUAUUUGAAAAUGAGUCUGAUUCGCCGAAAAAUAAUAUUGUAAUUCCAAACGAAAAAGAUUUUAUUAAUGACGAACAAUUACUUCAACAAGGACAAACACUAAACCAUAUUAUUUUACAAAAAGACAACCAAGACCCUGCCAUGGAAGAACAACAAAAAAAAAUGCAGGAAACAAAUCAAAAGAGUUCUGAAGCAAAAAUUUUGUUAGCGAAUAAAAUUAAUAACGAAACGUUGUCUUUGUUCAUUCCAACCAAGGAUCUUAAAUAUGGUUCAGUUGAAGAAAUUGAUGGAGCAAAUAAAAACGACAACAUUAAAAUUUUUAGUGACAUUGGGAAACAUAUUACCCACACUUUCAAUAAAAACAAUAUUGAGAUAAGUAAACAUGAUAAUAACGGAAAAAAUAACAAUAAUGAAAAUAAUUCUUCUGAAAAUAUUGCUAAUACUGUUAAUAACAGCAGCAAUGACAAAAGUUGCAGUGAUAACAAUGAAAAUAUAAAUAUUGAUUGCAAAAGUAUUGAAUUCAAUGGUAUACGCGACAAUAAUAUGAACAUCAGUAUCAACCAAAUUAAAAAUGAUAAUAGUGAAACUGGUAACUAUAACAAUAAAAUUAAUACUACGGAUAACAAUCACAAAAAAAGUGAUAAAAAUAAAAACUUUAAUAAUGAUGACAAUAGUACCAAUGAUAAAGAUACUAGCAAUAAUCUAGACAUAAUUAAUAUAAAAAGUAUCAAAAAUAAAACUGAAGAACACAAUAAUGAUGGCGUCAGCAGUGCCCUUAAUACUGACGAAAUAAGUACGAUAAAAAAUACUGAAAACAAUAAAGAGAAUGCAAUUGAUAAAAGCAACAAGAAUAUUGAUCAAAGUAGUAAAAAUGAUGGGCAUAGUAAUAGUAAUAGAGAAAAUAACAUUAAAGAGAACUGUGGUUAUGAUGCUAAUAAUAAAGAUAGUAGUUGUAACAAUAAUAAGAACAACAAUAAUAAUGAGAGCAACAUUAACAAGUGUAAAAACAAUGGUAUUAAUAAGGAGUGUAAAAAAGACGAUAACGAUAAUAACAAAACCGGAAAUAAAGGCAAAAAUGGUAACAUUCAUAAUAUUAGUAGUGAUGGCAGCGCAAAAGACAAAAACACAAAGGAAGACCAAUUAGAAAAUGAUAAUAAAGUUAAUAUCAAUAAAAAUGAUUUUGUCCAUCGAGAAAAUGAUCGAAAUAAGAUCGUUUUAAAUAAUGAAUUUGUGCACAUUAAUAAAAGUGAAGAAAAAUUUGUUGUUAAUGUUGAUACUUCCUUAAAAAGUAGCGGUUAUUACUGA